AUGUUACCACCGAAUAUUGCAAAAAAGAAAAAGAUUCAAAGCACCAGCACUGUAAAACAAUCAACUACAAGUUAUGGAAAGCAGAAGAAAUCUGCAACAUUAGGGACAUAUUUCAUGCCGAGAACAACUCCUGGUGCUCAAAAGUCUCUUCAGAAUUGUUGGCAAAGGAAAGAAGCAGUUGAACGAUGUGAUCUUGCUUUAGCGAAGUGGAUGUUUGAUGCAUGUGUGCCAUUUAAUGCUGUUAACUCUGUGUAUUAUCAGCAUGCCAUAGAUGCUGUAACAGCCAUGGGUCCUGGUUAUAAAGGACCAAACUUGCAUGCUAUCCGUGGUUAUUACUUGGCAAAAGCGGUUGAUGAAGUGAAGAUUUAUGUUGAGAGUUAUCGAGAGAUUUGGAAGAAGACUGGUUGCACAUUAAUGGCUGAUGGAUGGACUGAUCAGAAGAGGAGGACUUUAAUUAACUUCUUAGUAUAUUGUCCUAAAGGAAUAGUUUUUUUGAAAACCGUAGAUGUAUCAGAUGUCUCAAAGACUGCUAGAUUGUUGUAUCAGUUGUUUAGAGAGGUUGUUUUAUAUGUUGGGGUAGAAAACAUUGUGCAUAUGGUGACUGAUAAUGCUACAAAUUAUGUUGCUGCUGGCAGGUUAUUGAUGGAAGAAUUUCCUUCAAUAUUGUGGUCCCUUUGUGCUGCUCAUUGCAUCAACCUCAUACUCCAGGACAUUGGUAAAUUGCAAUCAGUUUGUUGUGUUGUUGAGCAUGCUUCUGGUAUCACAAAGUACAUUUAUAAUCAUUGUUAUCCAUUGUAUUUGAUGAGGAAGUUCAUUGGAGGAAAAGAAAUACUUCGUCCAGCUCCUACUCGUUUUGCCACCAAUUUCAUUGCAUUGCAAAGCAUUUUAGCUCAUAAAGAUUAG